GCGGUUUGUUCUACACGAAGCGUAAACGAUUGACUACGCACCCAGUGACGCAACGUCAGAUUCAGAAAAUGACACUUUGACAAUCGAUGUUAUUGUAUUGCUAAAAUUAAGAUAAAUGUUUGUAAACUUUAUAAUUACGGUACCUAUAGGUGAUGUACAAGAAUGAUGUAACGUCGGUAUUAUCGUGGACUACUUCCUGUGCAGUCUAUAACAUUUUAUACAAUGAAUAUAAUUGAAAGCAAGCGUAAUUUGAAUAUUGUCGGACGAUUGUAUCUCAGCAGUUAAUAUUAAUGAUUAUCGACAUUAGGUAUUGUAGGACUGAAACUGAGUGUGAGCUUAUCGGCGGCGGGAAGCGGGAACGCGUAUCUGGAGCACGAUCGCGGUAUCCGCGUAGCCCAAGUCUUUUUUAGUCGCGUUGGUUUACGAGCUUCAGUUCAGUUUAUGUUAGUGACUCGCCCGGUGCGGAAGUCUGUCUGACUUUUGGAAUGGGCGCUUCUGGAAACAUGACAACGUUCAGAGGGAUAUUUAUUGUAAUACUACUAUGUUAUGGCCUGGUGUAUGGAAAGGAAAAUGUCAAAGUGGUCACAGUUGCAACGGAGGAUAACCAUGGCCUGCAACGCUUCCUGUACUCAGCCAGUGUUUAUGGCAUUGAGGUGAAGGUGCUUGGUAAAGGAAAAGAAUGGACUGGUGGUGACAUGAACUAUGCGGGUGGUGGCCAGAAGAUUAACUUACUUAAAGACUACAUCAAUCAGCUCAAGAAAGAAGGGGACAAUGAGCAAAUCAUUCUUUUCACAGACAGUUAUGAUGUCAUGUUCCUGGGGCCUGUAGAAGAGAUUCUCAAGAAAUUUAAAUCAUUUGAAAACACCAGAGUGCUUUUUUCUGCUGAGCAGUUCUGUUGGCCAGAUGUGAAGCUUGCAAGCAUGUAUCCAAAAACUGAGGUUCCUAGCCCAUACCUUAAUUCCGGAGGAUUCAUAGGGUAUUUGCCUGAACUCUUGGAGAUAGUAAAUUACAAACCUAUCAAUGACAAAGAUGAUGAUCAGCUGUAUUAUACUAAAGUGUAUUUGGAUAAGACUACACGGCAAUCUCUAAAAAUCUCACUUGACCAUGACUCAGCCAUAUUCCAAAAUUUAAAUGGAGCUUUAUCGGAUGUUCAGCUGACUGCCAACUCUACAGAAGAAAAAUGGCCUUACAUUACAAAUGUCGCCACGAAGCAGCAGCCGCUGAUUGUUCACGGUAACGGCCCUUCCAAGCUCACCCUCAAUCAUUUGGGCAACUACUUGGCCAAAUCCUGGUCGGCAUCUGAGGGUUGUGCAUUGUGUAGUACCAAGAAGAUAAAACUUAAGGAAGAAGAAUUACCGUCAGUUAUGCUGGCCGUAUUCAUCGAGCAACCUACACCUUUCCUGGAAGAGUUUCUAAAACAAUUAAUUGACAUUAACUACCCGAAAGAAAAACUGCACUUGCUUCUGCGGAAUAACGUAGAGUACCACGAGUCAGAUGUUGAUGAGUGGUUCCAAACAUACAGCAGGAAAUAUGCUACAGCCAAGCGCAUUAAGCCCAGUGACUUCAUCAGUGAAGCAGAGGCCAGGAACGCUGCUAAGGAACGCUGCCUGGGCAGUUCGUGCGACUACCUGUUUUCAAUCGACAGCGUGGCCCGCGUGGAGCCGGACACCCUGCGGUACUUGCUCUCUUCGGGCUAUGACGUCAUCGCCCCGAUGCUUAAGCGCUCCGGAGGAGCCUGGUCCAAUUUUUGGGGAACGAUCAAUUCGCAAGGCUUCUACGCGAGAUCUGCAGAUUACAUGGACAUCGUAUUUCACGCCAUAAGGGGAAUAUGGAACGUGCCGUUUAUCACCAACUGCUACCUGAUGAAGAUGGCGACGUUUCGAGCCGGCGCCACCAAGACAGUCGACUACCACAAGGAGGGCGUGGACCCCGACAUGGCUUUCUGCGCUAACCUCAGAGAUCUCGGUGUGUUCAUGCACGUGAGCAACGAGUUGGAGUUUGGGCACCUGGUCAACCCCGAGAGUUUCGAUACAUCUCGCACGCACCCUGACGUGUACCAGGUGAUGGACAACAAGCCAGACUGGGAGGCCCGCUAUUUGCACCCAGACUACGCCGCUAACUUCGAAGAGGGCAAAAAACCCGCAAUGCCCUGUCCCGAUGUAUACUGGUUCCCAAUGAUGUCCAUGCGGUUCUGCAAGGAGUGGAUUGAAGUAAUGGAGGCGUACGGCCAGUGGAGCGAUGGAUCCAAUAAUGACAAACGUUUGGAGAGCGGAUACGAGGCGGUGCCGACGCGGGAUAUCCACAUGACGCAAGUGGGCCUGGACAAGCACUGGCUGCACAUUCUGAAGGAGUACGUGCGUCCCCUGCAGGAGAUGGUCUUCAUCGGCUACUAUCACAACCCGCCGGUGUCAUUGAUGAACUUCGUGGUGCGCUACCGGCCCGACGAGCAACCCUCGCUGCGGCCACACCACGACUCGUCCACCUACACAAUCAACCUGGCCCUCAACACGCCCCAGCUGGACUACGAGGGCGGCGGCUGCCAUUUCCUGCGCUACAACUGCUCGGUGACCAACACGCGGCCCGGCUGGCUGCUCAUGCACCCGGGCCGCCUCACGCACUACCACGAGGGCCUGCGCGUCACGGCCGGCACGCGCUACAUCAUGAUCUCCUUCGUGGACCCGUGAACACCCUACCUACAAUCGAAACUACUCGACCGCUACACUCAGAUUAUGACGAAUGCCUGCCAACAAAUUGACGGGUGUCGUGUUACCAACCGAGGCCAAUAUUACCUCGGCUCGUUUCUAAUUUGUCCCUUUUAUUCGCUUGACAGACUGUGUACUUAUGUAGAAAUAUUUACUAUAUAAACAACCAGCCGCGGAAUCAUGGUCGCAUUCUUCUUUUUACCACUUGUCAUGUUAUGUGUCACUUUCGCACAUACAUACUUGUUAAAACGUCAUGGUGACAAAUGAUAAAGAGCCGACCAUCUCAGCCCUACUGGUUCUUAACUUCACCUAGAGAAACUGUACUACAUGAACACAUAAGGAUAACUGACUAAAUACUGACUAGGCCAAAAGCAAAUCUGUCCCUCACGUUAUGUUAUAUAUGGCAGAAUACUUUGUUUAACUAAAAAUUGUGACCUGAUAUGUAAAUGUAAAUCCAUGAGUUUCUUAUUUAUUAACACAUUCACUGCCGGGAACCCACCUGGUGGGCGCUCGUGAACUUUGUUCAGAUGCCGGACAACCCGCUGGGCGGGUUGUUUUGUACGCAGCUAUAGACCACCGGUUUCUGGGGUUAUGCGCCGUUUUUUGUCUGGCAGUGAAUGUGUUAAAAAAAACAUCAAUAGUAUACGCUAUUCUAAAAAUUAAGUAUGUUGGUUUAUCUGUAUUUUGUUUUGGGUUGUACAUAUUACAUACUGGGUUGAUAUAAAUAAUGUGGUUAUAUGCAGUGUCUUGUCAAGUGGAGAGGCACAAAUAAUAGUGUCGAUAGUUCUGUCAUAAGUAAUAUAGAACAUGGCAAAACAAUCAUUUUAUAUCUGAUGAGAUGAAUAAUCUAAUAAAAUAAUUUAAUUAGAAUUUUCAAUGAAUGAUUAAUUAAGCCAAAGACUUAUUGUAAACUGAACAAUUGAUCGAAUUGACUAAUAAUAAUUGUAAGAAUCUA